AUGAAUCGUCUCGGCCUCCUUCUCCUGCUCCUCGGGGCAUUUACUUCCAUAGCCGCUGCAGCAUCGGCACCGACAUUCUGCAAGUGCACCUGCUUCACCAACAGCACCAUAAUAGAAAUCAAGUCCAAGUCAAGCUCCCUGGGCAACUCCCAUCUCAAAGAACCCGACGAUCCCCACACUAGCCGCGCCUCUCUCUCCCCCUCUUGCAGCCAAUGCAACCGCGCCUUCUGCCUUUCGCAGUCGCUGCCCAUCUGCAAGGGCGCGGCGGAGAAGGACGUCGUCACCAUGUGCUUCCAGCGGGAUUCGCGCAAGGACAUGAUCAUCGUGUGGGCGUUUAUCCUCGGCACGGCGGGUUUGCUCGGCUGGGCGGCGUUGCGGAAGGUCAUGGACAUGCAUGACCGGACUGGUGGGAUAGCCGCGAGUAUCGCGGGGGGGUUGACGAGGGGGAGUGGAGGAGGAGGAGGAGGGACGGGGUUGGGAAUUGGGGGCAACAUUUUAGGUAGUACGGGGAGUGAUGGCGGGCGGGGCAGGUAUGUUGGUCUUUCAGAGAAUAGUAGGGAAGGGAGUGCGGUGUUUGGUUGA